GAAGCCAUUAAUUAAGUGAAAGAGAAUGACAAUUCUACCCAUCCUUCUUUUCACUAUUUCGUUCUUGUUCUACCAUCAAAUUUCUUCAGCAAACGAUACCAUAACACAAUCUGAACCACUUCAUGAUGAUGGUAGCACGAUAACUUCCAAGAGUGGAACCUUUGAGCUGAGUUUCUUCAACCCAGGCAGUUCCACAAACCGUUACGUAGGAAUAUGGUACAAGAAGAUUUCAGUUAGAAGAAUUGUUUGGGUCGCAAACCGCGACGAUCCAAUCAAAGACAAGUCCGGCGUACUUCGCAUAAGCAAAGAGGGGAAUCUUGUUCUUUUAGCAAAGAAUCAGAGGGUGGUUUGGUCAGCAAACUCGACGACGAAGGCGUCGAAGAAUCCGGUUGCGCAGCUCUUGGACAGUGGAAAUUUAGUAGUUAGAGAUGAUAAUGAUGAUGAAGAGAGGUUGUUAUGGCAGAGUUUUGAUUAUCCAUGUGAUACGUUGUUACCAGGAAUGAAGCUUGGAUAUGACUUGAAAAGUGGUCUGGAAAGGAAGCUUACCGCUUGGAAGAACUGGGACGAUCCAUCCACUGGGAACCUUUCUUGGGCCAUGGAGCUUACUAGCGACCCUGAAUUGGUGCUGUGGAAAGGGUCAGAGAAGUACCACAGGAGUGGACCUUGGGUGGGGCUUGGAUUCAGUGGAGCACCCUUAUGGAGAGGCACUCAACUCGUUAUUCAAAACAUGGUCAACACCACAAGUGAGGUCUACUACUCAUACACUCUCAUACAAGGCACUUCCAUGAUUACAAUCACUCUUGUAAACCAAACCCUAAACGCUCGUCAACGAAUCGUAUGGGUUCAAGAAGAAAACAAAUGGAAGGCCUUCCAAACAGUGCCCGGAGAUUCUUGCGAUUAUUACAAUACUUGCGGCCCAUUCGGGUAUUGCAUUUCGAAUCACUCACCGAAUUGUGACUGUUUGGAAGGAUUUGAACCCAAAUCGCAACAGGGUUGGGAUACACUCGAUUACACACAGGGUUGCGUGCGGAGUGAGCCGUGGAGUUGUAAGGUGAAAGGUAAAGAUGGGUUUCGGAAGAUUUCUGGGUUGAAAUUGCCGGAUACUACGCAUUCUUGGGUUGAUAGAAAUAUGAAGCUUGAGGAUUGUGAAGCCAAAUGCAUGGGGAAUUGCUCUUGUACGGCUUAUACGACGUUAAAUGCGAGUGGUGGUAGUGGCUGUGUUAUUUGGUAUGGUGAUCUUUUUGAUCUCAGAGUUUCUGACGGAGGACAGGAAUUGUAUGUGAGAAUGGCUCAUACAGAUUCCAAAAAGAAGACUAUCGUCUUAGCACUUUCUAUCACACUUCCAAUAGUACUCUGUGCGCUACUUCUAAUCUUCUUCGUUUAUUAUAGAAUCCGAAAAAAACGUCAAGAGAAAACCAUGCCAGAAGAAAAUAAAGAGGAAAGAACACAAGAAGAUUUAGAGCUUCCUAUCUACGACCUCGAUACAAUAGUGAAGGCCACUAAUAACUUCUCAAUCGACAAUAAAAUUGGAGAAGGAGGAUAUGGGCCAGUAUACAAGGGUACACUUGCAACUGGACAAGAAAUUGCAGUUAAACGACUUUCAGGAAGUUCUACACAAGGAAUGAUUGAAUUUAAGAAUGAAGUAAUACUGUGUGCUAAACUUCAACAUCGGAAUCUUGUCAGGGUUCUUGGAUGUUGCAUCGAAGGAGAUGAGAAAAUGCUAGUUUAUGAAUACAUGUCUAACAAUAGUCUAGACUUGUUUCUUUUUGAUCCAACUCAAAGCAAACUUUUGGAUUGGAGCAAGCGCUUUGACAUCAUUUGCGCAGUUGCUCGAGGGCUUCUCUACCUUCAUCAAGAUUCCAGAUUAAGAAUUAUACACAGAGAUCUUAAAGCAAGUAAUAUUUUAUUAGACCAGAAUAUGAAUGCAAAGAUUUCAGACUUUGGCAUGGCAAGAUUGCGCAGAGGAGAUCAAGAUGAAGGGAAUACGAAUAGAAUUGUUGGAACAUAUGGUUAUAUGGCUCCAGAAUAUGCUAUUGACGGCUUAUUCUCUACAAAAUCGGAUGUAUUUAGCUUUGGUAUACUACUGCUAGAGAUUAUAAGUGGAAAGAAAAAUAAAGGACUUACCUAUUCUAGCAAUACUUAUAAUCUCAUGGCACAUGCAUGGCGGUUGUGGAAUGAAGGCAACUUAAACGAAUUGAUUGAUGAAUGUUUAAGGGAUUCAUCAUCAUUUAUUAUUCCAACAGAAAUGUUUCGUUGCAUUCAUAUUGGUCUUUUAUGUUUGCAACGGCAUCCGGAUGAUAGACCAACAAUUACAUCGGUUGUUAAGAUGUUGAACAAUGAGAACACACUGCCACAACCAAAGGAACCUGGUUUCUUGAUACAUGAAGUAUCUACCGAUCGUGAAAGAAGGGAUACUACUUCUUCCGUAAAUGAAGUAUCUGUCUCAUUGUUGAAACCUAGAUGAACAUAUUCAUCAACGUUCUUCUAAGGCAUAUUAUGGACAUGUUUUGGUAGCUGAGUUGUUAGUACAUUAGCACUUUCAAACACAUAUUUUUGUUUGAUCUUCUUAGGAUUGUUAAUAUAUAUUUGUUGCCAAUUAUAUAUACCACUUACUUGAUAAUUCUGAGUGUUAUUCUAUUCAGUUAUUUAAUUGUACUGUGCUGUAUGCAUUGGCAGAGCUUCUUUGUGAUAAUGGGAGGUCAGAGACUGAUCAUAGCCCCCCUCUCCCCCUCCCGCAAAUAUUUUUUAAAACGGAAAAG